UCUUCCUCUCGCUCGCGUAACACGUCGUUCUCAGUGCCUCUCGCGCCUUCCUGUCUUCACUUCUCUUUUGAAAUUACUUCUGUCGUCUGUCAGGCCACGCCCCCAGGAGAGAGAUGCCACAGUACAAGUUGGUCUACUUCAACCUGCGCGGCCGCGGCGAGCCCAUCCGCUGGGUGCUGGCGGCCGCGGAUCUUCCCUACGAGGACGUGCGUUAUUCCAGGGAGACGGAAUGGCCCUUCAAGAAGCCUGAGACGCCCUACGGCAAGGUGCCCGUGCUCUACGUGGACGACAGGCCCCUGAGUCAGAGCGUGGCCAUCUGCCGGUACCUGGGGCGGACGCACGGCAUGGCGGUGGACGACCCGUGGGAGGCGGCGAAGGGGGACGAGGUCGUGGACGCCGUGCACGACCUGCUGCCGCACGCCGCGCAGAUGGUCUAUGCCAGGUAG